AUGAAGCCGCUCAGAAGACAGCCGCAGCAGGAGCGGGAGGAGGAGGAGCAGACGGGGAGGACGGGAAGGGGAGGCAGCAGGAGUCCUGCCAAGCCGAGGCGGAGGGGAGCGGGAGGGGGAGGUUUAGGGAGGUCUGAGAGGAGGGGAGGGGAUGCUGAUGCUGAUGCAGCGGAGGGGCAGCAGGGGGGGAGGCAGCGGAGUGCAGAGCGCAGGCGGGGUGGCGGCAUGGUGGAGGAGAUGGAGAAGGUGUUUCGGCUGAUGAGAGCCACGGCGUGCGCCUCACACCCACCACCUUCCCUCUGUCUUUCUUGGCCUCUCCCUUUUCCUCUCCACUUCCAUGCAUACUUUCUACUGCAGGCCGGUAUGGUGGAGGAGAUGGAGAAGGUGUUUCGGCUGAUGAGAGCCAUCGGCGUGCGCCUCACACCCACCACCUUCCCUCCGUCUUUCUUGGCCUCUCCCUUUUCCUCUCCACUUCCAUGCAUACUUUCUACUGCAGGCCGGUAUGGUGGAGGAGAUGGAGAAGGUGUUUCGGCUGAUGAGAGCAUCGGUGUGCGCCCCAACACCCACCACCUUCCCUCCCUCUUUCCUGGCCUCGUCCCUUUUCCUCUCACUUCCAUGGAUACUUUCUACUGCAGGCCGGUAUGGUGGAGGAGAUGGGAGAAGGUGUUUCGGCUGAUGAGAGCCAUCGCGUGCGCCUCACACCCACCACCUUCCCUCCCUCUUUCCUGGCCUCUCCCUUUUCCUCUCCACUUCCAUGGAUACCUUUCUACUGCAGGCCGGAUAUGGGUGGCGGAGAUGGAGAAGGUGUUUUCGGCUGAUGAGAGCCAUCGGCGUGCCGCCUCACACCCACCACCUUCCCUCCCUCUUUCCUGGCCUCAUCCCUUUUCCUCUCCACUUCCAUGGAUACGUUCUACUGCAGGCCGGUAUGGUGGAGGAGAUGGAGAAGGUGUUUCGGCUGAUGAGAGCCAUCGGCGUGCGCCUCACACCCCACCACCUUCCUCCGUCUUUCUUGGCCUCAUCCCUUUUCCUCUCCACUUCCAUGCAUACUUUCUACUGCAGGCCGGUAUGGUGGAGGAGAUGGAGAAGCCCAAACAAAUCCUGCGCCUGCUCAAGCAGAUGCAGUCCAUGCCCCUUGCUACCCGAAAAAGAAAAAACAAUUCUGCUCUUAAACAGCAGCAGCAGCAAGCAAGCAGCAGCAGUGGCAGUGGUGAUUCUUCCAGUGCACGCAGCAGGCUGCUUGCAGCGGCAGCAGUGGCAUUCGCCUCAGCUGUGGAGAUCAAGGAGAUGGAGUGGUGCCUGCUGCUCCUCCACCCUCUCACCACCACCCCUUCCUCCGGCCCCACUCUCUCCUCCCCCUCCUCUACCUCCUCUCCCUCCACCUCUCCCGCCUCCUCUCCUCUUCCUCGUCCCGCUCCACCUCCUCGGCCUCAUCCUUCCCCCUGCCACCUGGCCGAUCCGCGCGGCUGCAAGCAUGGGUGGGGGCGGGGGGCGGAGGCGUGGGGGUGGUGUCGGCAGCAGUGGAGGCAUAACGCGCGUGCAGGCAUGCUCUCUCACAUGGAGGCUCUAUUCAUGGGGGGCUCAGGGCAUGGGAUGGGUGCAUGGGGGGAUUGGGGAUGGGUGCAGGUGGCAUGGGAUUCGAUGCCCGUGGCAUGGGGAUGGGUGCGAUGGGGGCAAGGUGAGAGCAUGGGAAUGGCUGCGGCAGGAGAUGGGAUGGGUGCAGGAAGGAUGGGGGCAGGUGCAUGGGUGGGAGUGAAUUCGGCUUGGGGGGAGAGGGGCGGUGGAGGGCAUUGGAGGUGGGAGGAUGGGGGGAAUGGGGGGCAUGGUGGGGGAAUAGGGGGACGGAUGAUGGGGGGAGGGGACGAUUGCAGGAGAGACCAUGGGGAGAAGAACCAUGGGUGGGGGGAUGAUGGUGGAAGGGCGGAUAUGGGGAGGGAGGGAGGGGAGGUCAUGGGAGGGGAAUGGAGGGGGAUCAAGGGGAUGGGGUCUUUCCUCAUUCCCCUCCCCUCCCUCAUCCAGUUCACAUCACCACCCCGCGGCCGCCACCGGCUCGUUUUGUCCUCAUCUGCAUGCAACGCCAUGGCUGAAGCUUAUGCUGCAGUGGCCUCCCCGGGCGGCGUGAGGCGAGUCAUGGCUUAUAUGCUUCGGCAUGGAGUGGCCCGCAACGAGACGACCAUCGCCGCCCUCCUCUCUGCCUGCGCAGCUGCUGCUGACGUGGCGGGGAUGGAGGCGGCUCUGCAGCGGGCGGUGCGACGUGGCAUGCUGGAAACAACUCCAGCUGGCGCCUACGUGGCACCAGGCGGAGCAGUCCGGAGCCUGCCAGCUGGCGCUUAUGUGGCAGCAGCGCAGGCGUUUGGAACUGCAGGGAAGGUGGGAAGGAUGAGGGAGAUGCUGGGAAUCGCACGGCAAGUGGGGCAGGCGGGGCAGGUGGGGCAGGUGGGGCAGGUGGGGGAGGCGGGAGUUGUGCAAAGUCACUUAGGGAAUGAUUCUGGUGGUGGAAAGGGAAUGAGAGUGGGUGAGAGUAGGAGCGGAUCUGAAUUGGGUGGUAUUGGAGGUGGGAUGGGAGGAAGGGGGGAGUGGUUCCUGGAUGGAGAGAAACGACCGUGGGCAGCUGCAGAGGAGGUUGAGAGGGAGUGCUAUUUGACUGCCAUCGACGCUUUUCUUGCCUCUGCUGAUAACGAUGACGAUGCUGGUGAUAGCUGCAGUGGUGGUUUGGCCGACACUUGGAGAAAGAGAGAGGGAGAAGGGGGAGCAGCCGGCAACAGAUGGUCCGAAGCUGACUCACCAGCAGCAGCUUCGGCGAUAGGUUCGGCAGCCGGGGCAACCGAGGAGCCACCAGCUUUGGGGCGAGCGGAGGCGCUAUUGGAGGAAAUGCAUGGGCGGGGGAUGUGUGCUGACAUGGCGACGUACAGUGCUGUGCUGGCAGCGAGGGGGCAUGGGGCGGUGGUGGAGGGGGCAGCAGAGGAGGUGCUUGAGGUGGAGGCGUGGGGGAUGAGUGAGGGGGCCGUGUGCGCUGCUGCCCUGCUCUUGCUGCUGGCACAGGCACAAGCACAAGCACAAGCACGGGCAGAGACAGACAGAAAGAAUACCCCAACACAAGUGGAAUGUAUGUCAUCUGAUGCUACUGCUGCUCCUGCUUCUGCUCUGCCUACUGCUACUGCUGCGACGGCCUCUGCAGCAUCAGCAGAAUCCCACCUGCUGCUUCACUGGCUCUGCUCCCUACAGGCUGGUCGCUUCCGCCCUCUCGUUUGCUUCCUGGGCCUGUCGCCGGUAGAGGGUGGGAUGACACGGGACUUGACGCUGGAUGGAGGCUUGGAGAGCAGAGGAGUAACUUUUGAGCUGACUCAAAAGUCGCUGGAGGGAGGCUUGGAGAGCAGAGGAGUGGGGCAGCAAGAGGUGGUUGGGAGAUUUGGCUCGCAGGGCAGUGGAGAGGAGCGGCGGCAACAGCUGACAGGAUCUGAUGCUUCAUCAGCACAAGAGAAGGCUCUGUUCCACGACUUAAGGAAGCUUCUUCGAAGCGUCCAAGGCAGUGCCCACCCUGCUUCCCUGCGCCCUCUGUUUGCCUCUCUUGCCGCAGCUCUCUGCAGGUUUGGCAGGCUUCGCCGAGCCUGUUUGGUCCUGGAAGAGGCUCGGAGAUUUGGAACAUAUCCAACACCGCCGAGCCUACCUGUGCCGAGCCUGGCUGGCCCGGUUUGGUCGCUGGACCUGCACUUGUACCGAGGUCCGGUGGCAGUGCUUGCACUGGCAGUGUGGCUGGAGGAGCUCUGCUGGAAGAUUUCCAAAGCUGAAAAGGAGGCUCGGGAUGGUUUAGUGGGAAGGCUCGGGAGGAGAGAGACUCGGAAGGCAAGUAUUGAAAGGAGAUAUUGA